AUGAAUAAGACUGAGGAUGCUGGAGAGGAGAGGAAUAAGACUGAGGAUGCUGGAGAGGAGAGUCAGAAGACUGAGGAUGCUGGAGAGGAGAGUGAUAAAAUUGAGGAUGGUGGAGUAGCCGAAUCUAAAGAGCAGUGUGUACAAAAUGCUAAAGAAGAGGUGCAAUAUACACCCCCGGAUAUAAAUUGGGAUGAUCCGGGUGUGGUGUGUGUCACCCUUGUUAAAUUUCUUACGAAUCCUACUCGAAAGAUUGACAUGUCCACUGCUGAAGGUGAAUGUGGCGAAGAUGUUAUAGUUGGGGUCCGGCAAAAGAGGGGUCGGGGAAAGAGUGAGAUUCUUAGCCCUGCGAUGAAGAGGCGAAAGGCUGUGGUGAGGGAAACUUCAUGGACAGGUCGGGAGAUUCCCAAUAUUUCGAAGGACACAAUUGCUGACCCCCUAAGGCCUGUUCCUCGUGAUUCCCUUUUGGAGUUUGCGAAAUUCUGCUGGGAAUGGGGACAAGAAGAAAAUUCACAUGUGCGGUUAUGUGGAGAAGACGGUACGGAAGGUUCGUAUAACUUCUUUGUUCGAUUGCUGACCAAGGAUGGUUGGUUGGAUGACUCAAAAUGUGCUGCCUUGGAUUACAAGCAAAUGAAGGCGUAUGUGGGACAGGAGUACAGGCAGCACAGCAAGGGUCUACUGGGAAUGGUCAGGGGCGAAGGGCCUAAGUUGGCUAAAUCAUGGUCGUCUGUGAAUCGCGUUUGUUUGCCCUUCAACCUAUAA